AGACUCUCAAGUCACACAAGAUAAACGCUUAUAAAAGGGCCUUGAGGAAGCUUUCCCUUUCUCUCUCUCUCUACUCAAGAUUAUCAUGAGCACUCCAAUAGAAAAGCAAUUUUCUUACACAUUUAUUGACUCUACAGACUCUGUUCUAUAUAAAAAUCUUUGGAAGAAACGGGUAGCCAAAGCUAUUUUCUAUGGUAUUGUGCUUUUCUCUCUCUCUACUUUAGGAGCAUUAUUAAACACCCAAUGCUUUUACGAUACUUUCAAAGACAAGUCAAUGAGAUCGAAUGGAUUUGAUGCAAGCGAUAUACAUGUUGCCUCUGACUAUAACUGUACCGAAGAACCACUUAUUCCAUACAAGGGCGAGUCUUACUUUGAGUUUGAUCAAGCUAUUUUUCCUCGAUUAUCAAUUCAACAAAGAACCAAUAGUACCAUUCGCAAAAAUCAGCAUCAUUUUGUGAGAGGAAAGACUCGACUCAUAUGGAAUCCGAGGCUUUUAUAUCCUACGGUUGAUUUUGAUCUCAAGUUUAGCAAUGAAGAACUACAAGACAGUUUCUCGAUUGAAAAAAAUGAGUAUCCCGAAGAUGGCGUGUUGUCUUUAUUAAUCAAGGGGGAUCAAUCUGUCCUUGCUGAAGGCUGUAUUAAACUGGAUGUCUCAAUCAAUAUUCCUGGUAUUGAUUCGCUAAAACGAUUGGACAUUGGUACAAUUUUUAGCGACGUUAUUUUCAUGAACGAUAUGAUUUGUAAAGAAGGAGUCGAUAUAAAAACGGUCAAAGGAGAUAUUGGUUUUGAAGCAACCAUAAGUGUAGGAAAAUCAGUGCUAAGCAGUGUCAAUGGCGAUAUCAAAGGAAAUAUUGAAGUUUUGACAGACGACAUUGAUAUGGGUACUGCUAAAGGGGACAUAGUAGUCACAAUCAAUACCAUUGAUCAGGGCGACAAGGAAGCUAUUAAGAUCAAAAGCAACGUUGUAAAAGGGCUUAGUCAGAUUCUAGUACCUGAAUCUUUUGAAAGCCAAUAUGAAUUGACCUCUGUAAAAGGAAAGCGAUAUAUUGAUGCUUCUCUGCCCGAAAAAAUUCAUCAAAAGUCUAAAGGAUGGUUUACUACAAAGGGAUAUUUUGGAAACAAUGAAGAAACUAAAAACAAAGUUGAAUUGCACGGUGUAAACAGCGAUAUUAAUUUGUAUUACUUUUAAACAAUGUGAUAAUUUAGAAAGUACAACUAGUGUUUUAUGCACUUUUUGACUGUGUAUACAAUAAAAUCAAUCUUUUUGCACACUAAGCCAAA